AUGCUGCCUCCCCUGCGGAUGCUGAGGACCAUCGGGUCCUUCGGCCACCAAAGCAUUCGUGGCAUCCUAUGGGUCGUCCAGAGUAUCGACCUCUGGCGAGUCAGCCGGUCACUUGAUGACACCUACCCAGCGUCGAACAGUGGCGGCGGGGGGCGCGACGGCGAGCGCCUCACCGCGAUGCAGGUGGCGGUGCGAGAGGCGACCAACGCAGCCAGGAAGGCCGCAAAGACGAUUACGUGGACGGCCAUCGAAUGGCGCAAGACGAACGCGCCCGAGCGCGACACGAGCGGGGGGGCACACAGCGGCGGACAGGGGGAUGCCGAGCCUUCGAUCAGGGUGGUCGUCGCUGGAAGCCGACGAGCGGAGACGCGCGACACGGGAGCGGACACAGUCCCGCGCCCCUUGCCAGUCAACAUCAUGAGAGGCACCGGGCUCGGCAACCCAUUCCCCAUGGGGAAGAGAGGCACCGACGAGGCGCUGCGCGACCAGGUAUGCGAGGCAUUCGACACGUGGCUCCGGCUGCGCACCGUUCCCGCCUCGGCCGUGUGGGACACUAGAUCCACGCCAGCGCUCAUCCGACAGGCCAACGGGCAGCCCUUCUCACAGGAGAUCGCCCCUCGACGCUCCGACGAAGCCAGGACGGGGAACGACGCCGUCGCGGCGAUGCGGGCCGCGCUGAACGGCCGCGGCAACGCCAAGGUGGUGCGGCUCGGAUGCUCGCCCUCGUGUCGAGAGGGGAGGCUGUGCCACGGGGACAGCCUCGCAGCCAUGGCGCGAGAGCUCAUCGGCGUACGAGACGAGCGGCGCAGAGAGGGGCAGCAACGCACAAAGGCAUACCAGAUCGGGCACCUCAGUCUACUGCGGUUUCGGCACGGGCACGAGAGGCAAGUGUCACAGCGGACCCUCGACGCGGUGCGCGAGGCGCAGGGAGCCGGGGUCGAGCCGUGGAACACGGCAGAGCACGACAAGGCAGUCCACGGCCCAACGCCCGAAGGCGGGACGACGAACCCGAUGGAGAGCGAGCCGCCAGUGAGUGAGACGUACGACGACGAGGGAGACGACGAGAAAGACGAGAACGCCUCGGCGGACGACGAAAUGGCCUUUAUCGACGAUGCGUUCUUCGAGCUCCCCGACGCAGCAACGGAGGAAGGGGCGGAGGGCGGGGGGAGCCAGAGUCAGUACAGCCAACAGACCACAAUCGCCGCUCGGCGCGACGAUUCAUGGACCGACUGA